AUCCUGAAGGUAUAAAAUGAACAGAGACUGGGUCAUCACAGCAGUAACUCACCAAUGCAAAGUAAGAUCCUUCAGUAGUGGGUGGAGAAGAGUGAGUCGCAUACGAGUGGAUGAGAAAAAUAUUCUGCUUCAGUGAAGAGCUGGGGUUGUUCAGAGCAUGAGUGCUGUCGUCCUCCUCUCCGUGCUUUUUGCUCUUGCUUGUGGGCAAGUAGCAUCCUUUUGCAUUCCCACUGAGUAUACGAUGUACGUGGAUAGGAGAGAGUGUGCCUACUGCCUGACCAUCAACACCACCAUCUGCGCUGGGUAUUGUAUGACACGGGAUAUCAAUGGCAAACUGUUUCUUCCCAAAUAUGCACUCUCUCAGGAUGUCUGUACAUACAGAGACUUCAUCUACAGAACAGUGGAAAUACCAGGAUGCCCGCACCAUGUUUCUCCUUAUUUCUCCUUCCCUGUCGCCAUAAGCUGCAAGUGUGGCAAGUGUAAUACUGACUACAGUGACUGUAUACAUGAGGCUGUCAAAACCAACUACUGCACCAAGCCGCAGUCUUUCUACCUGGGGGGAUUUUCUGUUUAACUUCAAUAGCAGUGCAAUGUGGUUAAAUGUAUUUACCUGGAAUAGAACGAAUAAAAUAUCAUUGAUAUGUCU